GACAUUCCCGACGGGCUCUUCCUGGACUCGGACAUGUACAACGCCCUGUGCAAGACGCUGCAGAGGGAUUGCUUGGUCCUGCAGAGCUUCAAGAUCAUGGAUUACAGCCUGCUGGUGGCCAUCCACAACAUGGACCUGGCUCAGCGGGAGCAGGGCCUGGCCGACGGCGCGGCCCCGACUGACACGCGGCGCCCGGCGCCGCAGAAGGCCCUGUAUUCCACAGCCAUGGAAUCCAUCCAGGGAGAGGCCAGGAGAGGGGGAACCAUCGAGACUGACGACCAGAUGGGAGGAAUUCCAGCCCGGAAUUCCCGGGGGGAGAGGCUGCUGCUCUACAUCGGCAUCAUCGACGUGUUACAGUCCUACAGGUUUGUGAAGAAGUUGGAGCACUCCUGGAAGGCCCUCGUGCACGAUGGGGACACGGUGUCUGUGCACAGGCCCAGCUUUUACGCCGAGAGGUUCCAGCGCUUCAUGUGCAACACGGUCUUCAAGAAAAUCCCACGUGAGCCUUUGGAAUUUCCUUCUUUCUCCCU